AUGACGGUGUUUUCUUGCCUGGUAAAGGGAGCAACAGAAAAUCCUAAUUUGGACAAGAAGCCAGUCCAGGACUUGACGAAGAAGAAACUCAUAAGCCCAGCGCCGACAGUCAAGGAUGGGAAAAUCCCGACCGUCAGAUUGAGUUCGUGGGUGAUAAUGCAGAAGAGGCUCCCCAGCAGCGAGCUCACCACCAGCCCUCUGACCGUUAUCUGGUCUGGUCCUUCCAUUUGGGGACUUGGUCAUCAUCAUCGACUUUCUGAACCGGUCUGA